UAUGAUUUAGAGGUUGGAGAGGAGUGGAGGGCAACCGGCAGGCUCAGCCGGCGCGGAGGAGCCGCGCGGGGAGAGAACAGCCUCGUUCUGCCGUGGAGAAAGAGCGAUGCGACCCCCUCAUAAGCCGCGUUCUUUAUGGUAGCGAGGGGACGCUCUAGCCCAUGUCCUGGAGGACCGGAACUCUAUAGUGUAUCCUCGCCACUGCCCUCCCGGAGCCAGUCGGAGACCACGUGACGCUGGCGCCGCCAUCUUGCUGCGCGCCGCCCGCGCUGGAGCCGCCCCCGACCCGCCAUGGCCGCGCGCCGCCAUCUUGAGCGCCUGUGGGGGCGCGAGGAGCCGCUCGUCCCGCUGCUUUCCUCUCAGGCCCAAACCCCCCCCUCAGCUGUGGGGCCGCUAUGGGGCUGUGGCUGCUCUGGCUGUGGGUCCCCCUGGGAAUGGCUGAGGAGGAGCUGGUGCUCGACACGCGGUUGGGAACCACAGACCUGGAGUGGACGGUGCACCCGCCCGGCGAGGGGCAGUGGGAGGAGCUGAGCGCGCGGGACGCGGAGCUUCAGGCGUCGGUUCGCACCUUCGAGGUUUGCUCUCCGCGCGGCCCCCCCGGGCCCCCCCAGAACAGUUGGCUGCGGUCGCCAUGGCUGCCGCGCGGGGGGGCCGCGCACCUCUACGCCGAACUGCGCUUCACGCUGCUCGCCUGCGACGGGCUGCCCCCCAACCCGGCCCCACGGCAGCGGCGGCGGCGACGCAGGGGGGCUGCCCCACACCGGGGGGCCCUUAGCGACAGCCCCGGCAAUGGUGAUGCUCCCGGCGGUCGUCAUGGCAACCGGGAUGCCCUUAGCAACAGGAACAGCGAUGGUGAUGCUCCUGAUGGUUGUCACGGCAACCGGGAUGCCCUUAGCGACAGCCCUGGGAACGGCCAUGAUGCGCCUGGUGGUCGUCGUGGCAACCGGGAUGCGCUUAGCAACAGGAACAGCAAUGGUGAUGCUCCCAGCAGUCGUCGUGGCAACCAGGAUGCCCUUAGCAACAGCCCCAGCGACAGCCAUGAUGUUCCCGAUGGUCGUCGUGGCAACCGGGAUGCCCUUAGCAACAGCCCUGGCAACGGCCAUGAUGCUGCUGGUGGUCGUCAUGGCAACCGGGAUGCCCUUAGCGACAGGAGCAGCGAUAGUGAUGCUCCUGGUGGUUGUCCCGGCAACCGCGAUGCCCUUAGCAACAGCCCCAGCACCAAGGAUGCUUCAAGGGGUUGUCCCGGCAACGCGUUUGGUUCUGGAGAUGCUCCUAAACGUCAUCCCGGCAACCGCGAUGCCCUCGACAACCACAACGCCUCCGUGGAUCGUCAUAGCAACCACGAUGCCCUCAAUAAUCGCGAUAUUCUCCGCGGGCGCCGUGACGACAGACUCGGCAACAGCCGUAGCAACAACAGCAUCCUUAGCAACAACCGUGAGGACCGCGUUUUCCUUAGCAACGCCGGCAUCCGCCUUGGCAACGACGCUGAUCCUCAUAGCGGCGCCCUCAGCGACGCUCCCAACAACCCCGUUUUCCUUAGCAACGCCCUUAGCAACGCCAGCAUCCUCAUGGCCGCCCGCCGCCGCCGCCGCGCCGCGUCCCCGCGCCCGUGCAAAGAAACCUUCAACGUCUUCUACCUGGAAGCCGACGCCGAUACGGCGACGGCGCGGAGCCCGGCUUGGCUGGAGAACCCUUACGUUAAGGUAGACACGGUGGCCGCCGAACACCUCUCUCGCCGCGGCUCUGCCGCGCGUCCCGCCGGCCGCGUUAACCGUAAGACGCUCCGUUUGGGCCCGUUACGCCGCGCCGGCCUUUAUUUGGCCCUUCAAGAUUUGGGCGCUUGUAUGGCGUUACUUUCCGUUCGCGUUUACUUCCAUCGUUGCCCGGAGGUGACGGCGCGUCUGGCGCGUUUUCCGGCCACCAUCCCGCGGGAAUUAGUGGCCGCCGUGCCCGGACGGUGCUUGGACGGAGCCGUACCGGCCGGUUCCACCGUUCCCGUUAUGUAUUGCCGCGAAGAUGGGAGGUGGGCAGAGCCCCCGGCCCAGGGCUGCGUCUGCGCCGCCGGCCACGAGCCCCACGGCGACGGCUGCCGGCCGUGUCCCCCCGAGACAUUCAAGGCGGGUCCGGGCCCGGGGGGCUGCGAGCGGUGCCCCCCCCUGAGCCGCGCCCCCUCCCCCGGGGCGGCCGCGUGCGCGUGUCGGGGCGGAGCCUUCCGCGGGGGCGGGGACGGACCGCACCAGCCCUGCUGGGCGCCCCCCUCUGCUCCCCGCGCUCCGAUGGCGUCUCUGAACGGUUCGGUGCUGCUGUUGGAAUGGAGUCCCCCCCGGGAGGGCGGCGAUCGCCCCGAUCUCCGUUACACCGUUUGGUGCCGCGCGUGUCCCUCGCGGGGAAACACCGGCGCCGAUGGCGGCUCCGAAGGCUCCGAAGGCUCCGAAGGCUCCUGCGCUCCCUGUUCCCAUCUCGCUUUCCAUCCCGGAUCAACGGCGCUGCGCGAACCCCGAGUUACCGUUACCGGAAUGGGUCCCCGCGUUACCUACGGCUUCAGAAUCAGCGCUCGAUCCGGGGUGUCCCCCCCGGGAACCCCCGAACCCCAAAGUCAAGAGAUCAACGUCAGCGUCUCGGCCGGUGUGCCGCUGCCGGUGUCGGAUGUGGUGCGAAUCGGGGGGUCCCCAACGGGGGUGACAUUGGCGUGGCCAACGCCCCCCCCCGCCCCCCCCGGGGGUCCCAUCCUCGACUACGAAGUCAAAUACUAUGAGAAGGUGGGGGGCGGCGAGGGUCCCCCCAUCUUCCUGAAGGUGCCGGGGGCGCGGGCGGAACUUGGGGGGCUGCGUCGGGGGGGCCUCUACGGGGUGCGGGUGCGCGCCCGCUCCGACGCCGGCUACGGAGACUUCGGCCCCGAGACCGCCGUCAGCGCCCCCGGCAGCGAGGCGCCGCGGGAGCCGGGGGCGCUGGUGGCGGGGGCUGCGGCGCUGGGGGGGCUCCUGGUGCUGGCGCUGCUGGGGGGGGCCCUGCUCUGCCUCAGGCGUGUGCGGCACCGGAAGCGCCGACAGCGGCCGCGAGAGAGCAGCGGGAAGCUCUACAUCGACCCUCUGACGUACGAGGACCCGGGGGUGGCCCUGAGGGACUUUGCGCAGGAGAUCGAUGUCACCUGCGUCAAGAUCGAGGAGGUCAUCGGAGCAGGGGAAUUUGGUGAGGUUUGCCGGGGCCGAUUGGCGCUUCCGGGUCGUCCGGAGUCUCCGGUGGCGGUGAAAACGCUGAAAGGCGGCGCAGGCGAACGGCAACGCCGCGAUUUCCUGGGAGAGGCGGCGCGGAUGGGACAAUUCGCUCAUCCCAACGUCGUGCGGCUCCGCGGAGUGGUGACCGCCAGCGCUCCCGCCAUGAUCCUCACGGAAUUCAUGGAGAACGGAGCCCUCGACGCGUUCCUCAGGGGCCGCGUGGGGACGCUGGGGACGCUGCAGUUGGUGGCCAUGCAGCGCGGCAUCGCCGCCGGGAUGCGCUAUUUGGCCGAGAGCGGUUUCGUGCACCGCGAUUUGGCCGCUCGCAACAUCCUGGUGGACGCGCAGCUCGUCUGCAAAGUGUCCGACUUCGGGCUGUCGCGCGCCAUGGACGACGACAGCUCCGCCGACCCCACCUACACCAGCUCCCUCGGUGGGAAGAUCCCCAUCCGGUGGACGGCGCCCGAAGCCAUCGCCUUCCGCAAGUUCACCUCCGCCAGCGACGUUUGGAGCUUCGGGAUCGUCAUGUGGGAAGUGAUGUCCUUCGGCGAACGGCCAUAUUGGGAUAUGUCCAACCAGGACGUGAUCAACGCGGUGGAGCAGGAUUACCGGCUGCCGCCGCCGCCGCGCUGCCCCACGGCGCUGCACCGCCUCAUGCUCGACUGUUGGCAGCGCGACCGCAACGCUCGCCCGCGCUUCCCCGCCAUCGUCAGCGCCUUCGACCGCCUCAUCCGCCACCCCGGCAGCCUCCGCCCCACGGCGCCCGACCCACACCGGGAUCUCCUGCGCGUGGGGGUGACGCUCUCCGGACACCAACAGCGAAUCCUCGACGGCGCCUCCAAGGGUGACCCACACUGCUGAGCCGCCAAGAUGGCCGCCGCCAAGAUGGCCUCCACCAAGAGGACUCAAGAGGCCAACGGGGCCGUCUCGAGGUGAACACUAUGCCCAGGGGGCAAUCUAAGAUGGCUGCCAUACCAAGAUGGCCACCUCCAUGAUGGCUGCCAUACCAAUAUGGCCGCCACCCCAUUGAUGGCUGCCAUACCAAGAUGGCUACUCAAGAUGGCCAUCAACCUAAGAUGGCUGCCAUCCCAAGAUGGCUACUCAAGAUGGCUGCCAUAUCAAGAUG